AUGAGUGGCAGAAGUGCGCUAGGACCUGCAGCUGCGACGUACUCCAUCUGCGGGCAACGCACAAGGUGGCCGAGAUGGGUUCACGGACUUUUAGACGAACUUGUCAUGCAGUGGCUUAUCAGUGAGGAGUCAAAGAUGGACUUUAACCAGUGA